UUGGAUGAUGGAGGUGAUUUUGAGCCAAUGGACAUCGGCUUUGACGAUGAUCGAAGUACUGAUGGUGAAUAUGAUGACCCGAAGACGUUGAUCUUGAGCAAGGAAUGAGUGUUGAUGAACCGUCUGAUAAUGAUGAAACUGCAGAAGAGCCAAUGGAAGCCAGUGAAUACGAUUCAUCAGGCGAGGAUGAUCAUACGUUAGACCCUGCCUCUCCUUUGGGAGAUAACCCUGCUCCCCUUUUUUCUCUUGAACUAGCUAUGCCGCUAGUUCAAGAGGGUCCACCUGACGGAGAUGAACCUGGUGGUGGAGCAAAUGCUGAGGAAGCAAUUGAAACCGGUCCAGAAGAUGACGAUAAUGAUGACGACUAUAUCCCCAGCCCCCAGCCGAGCCAUGCAUCACUUAGUGAUUACCAUUCCGGCACAGAUGAUGAUGAAAGAUACGCACCAGUCCCUCCAAAGCGGCGCAGAUCUGGACCAUCUCGUUUUCCAAUAGAUCUAUUUGCUUCCGACAAUGAGGAUGGAGAUGAUGAACAGGCAGUGGUGGCACAUCCCCAGCAAGCCCAGCCCAAUCUGAGACGUCCGCAAAGCCCUAGCCCACCACGUGGUCAACCAGCUCUGGGUGAUACGGACGGCGAGGAAGCAGACGAUGAGGAAGUGCUUGACCUUGGCUUGGGCCGUGAUAGGGCACAACAAGCACAACGUGGUCGUGGACGUGUACGCAUGCGGGGAGGGCAAGCACGUGGUCGGGGAGCAGCACAAGCACAGCCCGUCCCUGCAGCACAAGCACAGCCGGUCCCUGCAGCACCUGCGCCUGUACCUGUACCUAACGCACCUCAAGUUUCUGCAGCUGUUGCGAAUGCAGCUCAACCACGCGGUCGAGGACGCGGUCGGAGACAAGCACGUGGUCGGGGAGCAGCACAAGCCCAGCCGGUCCCUGCAGCACCUGCGCCUGUACCUGCACCCAACGCACCUCAAGUUCCUGCAGCUGUUGCGAAUGCAGCUCAACCUCGCGGUCGAGGACGUGGACAAGCACGAGCACAGGGCCGUCGACCGCGACAAAGACGUGCAGCAGCCCCCGCACCACCACCAUGGGAAUGGGAGAGGACCAAUGCCUUUCAGCCCAAGGAUUUCGUCUUCACCGGGAAUGAGGAGAUCUUAUUACUACUCCCAAAUGAUCCGACACCACUAGACUUCGUCUCCCUCUAUGUAACUGAUGACAUUAUUCGUCUUCCGAUAGUGGAGACCAACAUAUACGCAGACCAGUACCUUACUGACAACCAUGAUAGAAUCAAGGAUAGGUCCCGCUCCCAUCAAUGGAAGGAAGUGGAAAUGGAAGAAAUGAAGACAUUUCUUGCAGUCCUCAUACUUCAAGGGAUUGUCUACAAACCUAGGUUGAAUAUGUAUUGGGAAAAGCACCCCCUCUUUGCUACACCAGUCUUUUCGGAAUGCAUGUCAAGAGAUUGUUUUCUACUCAUCCUGAAAUUCCUACGACCGGCUUUAUAA